AUACUUGACAUGGCGUGAUGUUGAUGUCUUUGAAAAAAAUAGCAAUAAUAGUACUCGCAAUUCAUUGUGUAUUAACAUGUUAUACUGCAUAUAUUUUGUUAGUUAAAAAUUUUAAAAAGGACAAAAAAAGUUCUCAAAAAAUAUGGACUUUACCAGAUGACGAAGAUAAUUGGAAUCCUUGGGGAGAAGAAUUUGAGAGUGAAAGACAAAACCGUCCUCUUAAUAAAAACCAGAAUCUCCCAGAGCAACAAAAAAAUAAGUGGUGGUUUAAUCAGUCUUUGGACUUUGGAAAACAUACUGGAAAACAAAAAGAAAAUGUCAUUGCUCAGAGUGAAUCAGGAACCAGAAGUUAUAGUAUUGAAAUCUGGGGAAAGGCUGCUAUUGGCCUGUACUUGUGGGAACACAUUUUCAAUGGAAAGUUAGAAAAGAAAAUGAAAGGAGUUUGGAGUUAUGGGUAUCGUAAAAUUGAAAAUUUUAAAUUCAAGUUUCGCACUGGUCCUGGGUUAAUUCCUCUCAAAGCUCCUUCUGAUGUUGAGAAUCUCAUCCUUAUACUAAAUGGAAGAAAUGAAGAAAAAGUGACAUUUGCCAAAGUGUGGUUGGAGUUUCUUCCAAAAUUGAAAUAUUUAAAAAACGUAGCACUUGUCCUUUUAGGCAAUGAACAAUGUCAUAAUGACUGGCUUUUACCUUAUAUGUCAUUUAAUGGAGGUCGUGUCAAUGUAACUUUUCUUGUCUACGAUAGUCCACUCAUUGAUAAUGUUCACUUCUUUCAGUGGCCUUUAGGAGUUGCUACCUAUCGGAACUUUCCCAAGCCUGAGCUGCGAAGUUUGGAUAUUGAUACAAAUCGCCCGUUCACGUGUAAUUAUGUGGGAACAAUUUAUCCCCAUUCCUCUAGACAACAACUGCUAGAAAUUAUUCAACAGAAUAAAUUAGACCAAUUCUGUAUUGUGAAGCCCAGGAAAGAAUGGCAGGCAGCAGAAACAAAAGAAAGUCUAGAGUCCUACAUUGAGAGUUUAAAACUUAGUGACUUGACUUUAAAUCCUGUGGGUAUGAAUCCUGAAUGUUAUCGCAUCUACGAGGCCAUGUCCUUUGGUUCCGUCCCUGUUGUUGAAGAUGUAAAUACACCUGGAGACUGUUCUGAUUCAAAAGCAUCAGCCUUGUUAGGUGUUGAAUCCCCAUUACGCUUACUAAAGCUAUAUGAUGCACCAGUUAUUUAUGUGAAACACUGGUCGGAGCUUUCCCAGGUCAUGCAAAAGGAAUUUCUGUUAUCAUCCGAAGAAAAGAAGGCAAGAAGAAUUAAGAUUGUGGAAUGGUAUGAAAACUUUAAGAUGCAUUUACGCGAACAACUAAUUAUGGUUUUAAAACGAAAAUUUUUUUAUGGGAAUUAGAUGCAUUUUAUAUCAUGCGUUUUCUGUGUGUAUCAUAUAUUUAAUAGCUGGUGCUUAAAUGUAUGUAAAUAAACUAUUUUUUUUUGUUUUGAUCA